AUGAACGAAAGCAGAGAGCGAUUUCGACGCGAGAGGGAGAGGGAGAAAAAUACAUACACCUCUCCUCGUUUGGCACUUCGUCGCGUGCUGCUGUUGGCUGAAGGGAGACAGUUUCGGGAAGCGGCUGCCAUCUUGUCCAGACUUGGUCCGGGCGUGUUACAGAGUGUAGCAUCUGAGCUGCCGAUAGAUCUUCUUAUUGAAGCUUUACCACAUUCUACACAUUUAAUUGAAACAUUAUUAAAUAGGUUAGUUUCAUUAGAAAUCACUCCCCGCCCGGACUUGCAAUGCGAGGCAAUCGCGUGGCGACUGGUCGGUCUUCUCGGCGGAGACCAGGGUACCGGUCUGCGGGCGAGGACAGCCCGGCUAGCGACCGCGUUGUUCCAAUACAUGCCUGAUGCGAGGGACGCGGUGGAUGCUCGAAGGAGACAGCUGGAUUCUGCUGUACAAGGGUUGGGCACUCAUGGUCUAACAGCAGACCCCUCGGGCUCCCUCAUCUCAUUACACAUCGCGAUGAAGAACGAGUUGCAGAGGCACGUGGAGGUGUACAAGCAGGCACUGCAUAAAUUCGAAGAAUUGUCGUCGGUGACGCUCCACAGCGAGCCAGCGUCAUCUUCACACCAGCGGCUGCUGUCGCUCUCGCACUGCGACGUGGAGCGGCGGCUCAUCGACAACAAGUCGCUGCUGACCGCCGUGGACAAGCCGGCGCUGCGCCAGCUGCCCGCGCUGGUGGGGCAGCUGGCGGCGCGCGUCGACUGCGACAAGGCCGUGCUCGCCUGCCUCGGCCACAUCCGCCGCACCGACCCCGCCGUCGACCUCAGUGAUACGCGACCGGUGGCUGGGGUGCUGAUGAACUACUCCCGCGGCUGCGCGGCGCUGCUGUCGUUGAUGUCGGAGGGAGAGAGGGAAAGUGCCUCUCCCUUUCCUUCGGGGGAGGGUGAGAGGGAAGGGGUGAUUAGCGGCGGUGAGGCAACGCCGCGAUCGCACACGGACUCUGCCAGCGAUGGUUAUCACUCGGACAGCGACGACUCGCAACAGCAUCCUGACAGGAGUGCUCUGGUGUCACAGUACGCAGCCGUUUGGACGAAAGCAGCCGAGGAAGUGCUGCCAGCAUUAGGAGCUCUCGAGCAGCUCCAGCAAACACCAAACCUUAAGUACAAGAUCGUGUUCUCUGUGGUUGUACUGUCGUUCCGAGCUACAAUCAGCCUACGAGACAAGCGUAUUGCUGAAGUCAAGGCGCUUUUGGGCGCCGAAGGUGACUCGUCACCCGCUACAGCCAAUUUUGUGGCUUCCGCUAUGCGCCUUUUGAGGAGCACAGCGCACACAUUCCCACUAGGCGAAGCUGAGAGAACUGUUAUUAAUCAGGUUGUGAGCACUCUGCGCGAGUACCCGUGCCUGGCGUCGUGCGGCGCGCUGCACGCGCUGGCGGCCGCGAGCUGCCGCGCCGCCUGGGCGCUCGCCGCGCGCGCGCCGCCGCUGCGCAUCGACACCGACUUCACGCCCGUGGUAAUGAAUCCGGAACGACAUGUCCGCCUCCACAACAGCUCCCGCCGCUCGGACCUCAUCAAAUCAUUCGUAUGGCCAGCACUUAUGGAUGGAAAUCGGUGUGUUUUCCGCGCUGUGGUUUUGACUUGA